AUGCCGGCUAGUCUAGUGACUCUGCUUUCGAUAUGCACUAAGGUCAGAGAUGUAGAGAUGGGACUGGGUGUUAAGAAACUUCAAAAUAAGAUACGGGGGGUACUUUUGACAUUUCAGGUCAACGACACUGAACGGUCAAAACGCGUGAGGAUUCGAACGAAGGGCAGUUUGGGCAGUAAGCAAAGACGCCGCAGCCUCUCAAGUUGUAAAUCCAAAGUCAAAAGAGCCAACUUCAUUACCAAUUCCGUAAGUAGAGGAAGUAGUCAGGGGUAG